CCAUUUUGCUUUAAGCCUAUUGUUUGUAUAUAUAAAUCAGCAUUAAACAAGGACACUAGUCUGUCUUGAUAAAGAUUUGAGUUGAAGCCACAGACGCUGUAAAUACGCUCAAAUAAUUUGGCGGUUAGCAGGAAGUUGCGGUGAUCUUGAAUAUAAGUAAAUAUUUUAUUCAGUUUAUCUUUUGAGUAGGUCCCACCCAGACCAAGCGUUAUACGAUAACUAUGGUGUGAAUGGGUUAUCAUUGAUAGCUUGCAAAGUGUUUGUUCAGUUGAUCGCGGAGUUAUUUGUCCUGACGCGCUGCUCUAUUAACUUAUGCGAGAUGUCCAAACUACAGAAAACAAACGGUAAAUAUUUAUGGUGGUGCCUCCUGUGUCUCGAAUUCAGACCGGAGACCGUUACCAAAAACAUCAAACAUCUGAAUCUGGGAAUGAACAUGUUUGAUAAGCCGAACAAAGAGGCAUUCUACAUUGUCAUACACUUUUUAUUUGAUAAACUGAAUCCCAUUCGUGCCCAAGACGUCUUCAGACAUUGCUGGCCAAUUUGGGAUCAUACAGGUGAUGCUGAGUUUCGCAAGGUGGCUUUUGCAUGGCUCCAAGAGAUAGCGAACGAGGAAGGUAACACUUUUCCUAAAGUAGCUGCAUCACAUUUGCUCUCUGCUUUUGGACCAAGAUUUAUCAACUUGAUGCUCCACUUAUCCAAAUAUGUCAUGCUGAAAACACUGAAGACACUGACCACAGAUGACAAGUGGGUCCCUGAGGCUGCAGCUGUACCAGCGAGUUCAAAGGAGCUGGAGAUAAAAAGAUUUCAGCUGGUGAAGAGACAAUUCCAGAGAGUGACCGUAGAGCAGGACUGUCUUAUUCAUGACUAUCAGAAAAGAGCUAAAGGUUUGGAAAAGUCUUUGAGGGACCUUGAUGCAGAGGAUGCCAAAUAUGAUCAUUUGCUUAAAAAACAUGACCGUAACGCAGAUUUAAAGGAAGACAUUAUUGCAAAAAAUCGAAAGGUGCGAGGCCUUUGGAAUGAGACAGACAGAGUCUUAUCCACCCUUGAAGGAGAACGAAAAGUAAUGGAGAGUGUGAUCCAUGGACAGGUAGACCAGUACAUCUUGGGUGGGCAGAACCUGAGUGUGAAGUUGCCUGCAGUUUUACGUGAAAGCAUGGAGCAACUAUCCCACCAGUCCAGUGUUGGUAGCUUGUAUGAGGGAGGGCAGCCUGUCAUCGUGCCUUUGCUGGAGCUUCUAAAUGAGGGAUUACACGUCCUUAGUGAGGAGAGAGAGAAAAUUGGAGGCCCGAGUGUACAGCUUCAACACAAAGACCUUCAGGAGAAUGCCUUGCUUUUCAGCCGCUCAAAAGAAAACCUCAAGCUUAUCAGGCGGAAACUGAUUAAAGAGGAUGCAACCGAGAUCAAGGUCUCUAUUAGAAGAAUGGAGGAGGACUGGGAGAACAAUUGGGCAGUGUGUUUGAAAAACACACCCCUGAGCUCUUUUCUUAUAGAGGAUCCUGCUCUUGACUUUGUCUCUCCAAUGGCUCCCCUCUCAUUUGAGCCGGCUUCUGAGGCUAGCUUUGAGGCUAGUGUCCUCUCACAAUAUCCAUAUAAACUACCUGAAUUGUUAGAGCAGCCGUCAAAAAGAAAACCAGAGGUAACAGUGACAGAUGUCCAUUUUGAGCCAGAAGUCCAACUGGAGCCCGAGCUCAAAACCACUUCAAUGGCAGCUGAAGAUAAGGGGGUCCUGCUGUCUUCUGACAGCAGCUUUUCCACAAAACCGAUGACUUUUGACGCACCACCAUGUCAAUCUCCCUUGCUUUACCCGGUUAAAAUUCAGUCUGUGACCCAGACAGCCACUCCAGUGCAGCCUAGCCACAGAAGUCUGCACUCAACAAAGACAAAGGCCUCUGUCCUAAAGAACAAGGCUCAAAUUUUAGAUUUGGAGUAUGACAACUUAGCAAGUCAAUUUGCAGAGGCAGUGAUCAUGAGUCCAGUCAAUGGAAGGAGUGAUGUGGACCUUGGGCAGUUACUAUAUGCCACAUCUGACCCUUUUUCAGCUAGGCAACAACUAUGCCGCACCCCUGAGAGUCUAAUUAAGGAUGUGAGAAGUUCGUGGAGAAAAGCUGUGGAGGAAGGCAUGGCUGAGAAGAAACAAGCAUCUUGGAAUCAGCAUGACAGUCUUUCUUGGCUCAAAAGGCCAAUGGGUGAGGUGAACAGCCCUUGCACAAGACCAAGUCCAGAGCUUUCCCUCUUAUUUUCAACUACUCUUGCCCAUUGCACUCCCCCUCCUGUCCAGCAGGGGUCACCCCUUCACUCAACUGUGUCAUGGGACUCCUCGCAGCUGGAGGCUUUUAACAGCCAAAGCUCAAGUGAUGUUAUUAAAUUCAACAUUGCUCAGGAGGAGCUCCCAAAUCUUUUUGAGGAUGAGGUGUCAUUUAACAGUGACUGCUCAGAGGAGAUCCACGGUAACAAGGAGCGAGAGGAAGAACUUAUACUGCCACCUGUUGAACUGAUGACACAAAUGUGCUUGGAGCCCUCUUUAGAUAAAUCCCCUUUCAAAGACUCCCCAGUACAUUCAAGGAAGAGCCCAGGUUUGAGCCACUGGACUGCUGAGGAGAGGCUUUUCUCUCUUGAUCUGGACAAGCUUGAGAGUCUUUCCCCUCCUUCUCCUGCAGAGAAAUUCACCCUGCCCAGUUUAGUGAAUUUGACUCUUGACGAAUACUAACAUAUCUUAAUAAACAACUAUAAUUGUUUACAUACUAGUAUGAUGCAAAAUGUGUCUGCCAAAUCAAAUGAAAUUACUGCUUGAUGUGCUUUCACUUGAUCUAAUCACAAGGACUCUGAACCUUUUUAAAGCUACUAUCAACUAACUCAUUUGUCUGAACCAUGUGAAUUCUUAUGACAUCAAUACUAAACUUUAGUAUGUACAAAUUAAUUGUAAAAGGUAAA